AUGAAAGCUUUAUCAGAAGACGAACAACUUGAAGCCAUCGAUAGGGUAAAUUCUGCAUCAAGCAGUGCUGACCAACAAGAGCUUGAGCAAAUAAUUACUCAAGUUCUCCCAGAUCCUGUAACCCCAAAGCUGCAAGUUUGAAAAUUCAUCUCAAAUUUGUGUUCUUGCUUUGCUCCAGUCUACAAGCCAAACCCUGAAAGAACCAAGGAAUGCUGGCUCGCUCCACAAACUCCGAAACAGUUUGGCAAGAAAACGCUGGUUUUGGAUUUAGAUGAAACUUUGGUGCACAGCAGCUUUAAUCCGAAUCCGACCAGUGAUAUUAUAAUACAGGUAGACAUAAACGGUAUGAAUCACUUUGUGUAUAUUCUCAAAAGACCUGGGGUUAAUCAAUUUUUGGAAGCCCUUGCUGAUGAUUAUGAAAUAAUAUUUUUUAUUGGCUAAGGCUGAUGGAUAGAAUAUAAAUAAUUUUUUAUAAUUUGUGCAAGAAAUAGGGUCACUUAUUUCCUAUUUUAAGUGCUGUUUAGUGGUAAAGCAUAAUUUACACAGCUAGUUUAUCAAAAUAUGCAAGUCCUUUGCUAGAUUUAAUUGAUAAAAAGAAAGUUAUCAGCGGAAGACUAUAUAGACAGCACUGUACCUUUUUUAAUGGAACCUAUGUUAAAGAUUUAUCUUUACUAGGAAGAGACUUAGAAAGCGUCGUAAUUGUUGAUAACUCUCCAAUAGCUUAUAGCUUUAAUCCAGAUAACGCAAUUCCGAUCUCUUCAUGGUUUGAGGAUCCAAAUGAUAGAGAAUUAUUUGAUUUAAUUCCAAUUCUAAAAGCUUUGCUCCCUCCUUAAAAUUGAACAAAAUAUUGAUUGAAUCUCCAAAUUAACCCACCUUUUAAAUUGAAAAAAAAUUGCAAAGUAAUAUUUAUUAUUUAAAUAGCUUUGAUAAAAAUAUAAUGUCACCAAAAAUUUACCAUGAAUUAUUAUAUUUUAAAUGAGAGAGUGUAAUUAGAAAUCAAUUAAACAGAGGAAAUAUAAAUAUUUAAAAUAAAAUCAAUUCCCCUAAAAUUGGAAAAUAACUUUUUUGUUAAAAUUUAAAGGAGAGAGAAGUUAGCAAAAGAAAGCAGCAUUCCUAACACCUUGAGAGAAUUGAAACAGAGAAAACUUGAAAUUACUUUGAAUAACCUGAUGGAGUUGUGUGGUGGGAAAAAUCUUCAGCAGCAAGUCAAUGAUGAACCAAAACGAAGUGAGCACAAUUCUGCGCAAGAUCGCAACAGGGCAUAUUUCAAUUCUCCUAUGGGCUCUCAAGCAGAGAAAAUCCAUUUUAAUUUUGAGUAA